UUCUGUACGUCACGUGUAGUGUUUAUAGGUCGCAUAGCAACUGGGACCGCGUGUUGCGCUGUUACCUAGGCAACCGAACGUAAACAACUGGUUACAGCCCGCAGGAAGUAACUCUUCACUUACACCUUAUUGUGCGAACUGCGUCCGAUUGGCUUAGCAGCUCGGUGUCGUUUAGUCGUGAAUAUGGUGUUUGAGACAAGCAAAGCAACAGAGACCUGCAGCAAUAUCAAAGGCAAGAAGACCGACUCCGAGGGAUUCACAGUGAAAGCCAUGAUGAAGAAUUCAAUUGUAAGAGCCCCCCCAGCAGCAGGAGCUUUUAAAGAGAGACCUGCAAAACCCACGGCUUUUCGCAAGUUUUAUGAGCGAGGAGACUUCCCAAUUGCCCUUGAGCAUGAUACAAAAGGAAACAAAAUAGCCUGGAAGAUUGAGAUCGAGAAAUUGGAUUACCAUCACUAUCUGCCUCUGUUCUUUGAUGGGCUUUGUGAGACAACGCAUCCCUAUGAAUUUUUUGCACGUCAAGGAGUCCAUGACAUGCUAGAGCAUGGGGGACCAAAGAUCCUGCCUGUCAUUCCACAGCUCAUUAUUCCAAUAAAAAAUGCCUUAAAUAUCCGAAACCGGCAAGUUAUCUGUACCACGCUCAAAGUUCUUCAGCAUCUUGUCGUAUCAGCCGAUAUGGUUGGGGAAGCUCUUGUACCAUAUUACCGCCAGAUUCUUCCUAUCUUCAAUAUUUUCAAGAAUGUGAACACUAAUUCAGGAGAUGGAAUCGACUACAGCCAGCAAAAGCGUGAAAACAUUGGCGACCUAAUUCAGGAGACACUGGAAGCCUUUGAGCGCCAUGGCGGAGAAGAUGCGUUCAUAAAUAUAAAAUACAUGGUUCCCACCUAUGAAUCCUGCUUGCUGAACUAAGGACGGAAUAAAACAAAAUCUCAUUCUGCUUC